ACGAUGAAUUAGUUGGUUGGCGUUGUAAAGCUUCCUUCUUCCAACAACUCCCGAAAAUUCAACCACUCACAAAACUCCAACUUUUCAUCCCAAAUGCGCCCAUGGGUUUCCUUUCCUUUGACUUUCUCUUUCUAAACACUAACACUAUUUUAAUCAUUUUAUUAAGACUAGCUAUUCUUUUAGCCACCUUAAUUAUUCUUUAAAUCUUAAAUCUUCAUCUUAUUAUAUAAAUCCACUACUCCAAUUUUCUCUCAUCGAACAUAAUCCCAAAACACUACAACAAAUCACUACAUAUUAUUUUCCUCAUCCUAAGUAGAAAAAAUAAGUAUAUCAUACAUAUAUAUCUGCGGCCUGAUAGUUAGAUUAAUUAAAGAUGGAGAUUCAAGAGAAUCAAAGUCCUCAUAAUGAUUCGUAUUCGGAGACUGGAAGCACCAGCGGCGGGAGUGCUGCUGGAGUCGGCUACAGCGGUCCACUGAGUGUGAGUGGUCAGUUAGUUGGCGGGGGAGGGAGUAAGAUGAGGAAGAACAGUAGCAAGAAGAGCACUAGAUUCAAGGACCAAGACGAGUACGUGGAGAUCACGCUCGAUGUCCGAGAUGACUCGGUCAUGGUCCAGAACAUCAGGGGAGGUGACUCUGAGACUUCUUUCUUGGCGACUCAGCUCGAGAAGAAGCCCAACUCCUCUUCAUUGGGGUCUCAGCUUUCGUUUAAGUUCCGCCAAGUGUCGCAGGAGCUUAGGCGAAUGACUUCCUCUAAGAGGUUGCAGCAGCAGAAGAUCGAUCGGAAUAAGUCCGGCGCCGCACGCGCUCUCAAGGGGCUUAAAUUCAUGACCAAGAACAAUGUUGGGAACGAAGGCUGGGCUCAGAUCGAAACGCGCUUUGAUAAAUUGGCCGUCGAUGGUGUACUUUCCAAAUCUCUCUUUGGCCAAUGCAUAGGUAUGAACGAGUCGAAUGAGUUCGCAAACGAGUUGUUCGAUGCGUUGGCUCGACGGAGGGGUAUAACAUCUUCUUCAGUGAACAAAGCUGAGUUACGCGAGUUUUGGGAACAAAUCUCAGAUCAAAGCUUCGAUGCUAGGCUUCAAACUUUCUUUGAUAUGGUGGACAAAAACGCUGAUGGCCGAAUCAAUGGAGAGGAAGUAAAGGAGAUUAUUACGUUAAGUGCUGGUGCAAACAAGUUGUCUAAGAUUCAAGAACGUGCUGAAGAAUAUGCUGCACUUAUUAUGGAAGAGCUGGACCCAGACAACCUUGGCUAUAUUGAGAUAUACAACUUGGAAAUGCUACUUCUACAAGGCCCAAUUCAAUCCAGUAACCUUAAACCAGGCACUGAGAGUCGGGUUCUUAGCCAGAUGCUGAGCCAGAAGUUGGUCCCUACUAAGGACUCCAACCCAAUAAAGCGGGAAUACAGACGGUUCAAAUAUUUUAUAGAAGACAACUGGAAGCGUAUUUGGGUCAUGUGCCUAUGGCUGGCCAUCUGUGCGGGCCUUUUCACUUGGAAGUUCAUUCAGUACAAGAAUCGAGCUGUGUUUGAAGUGAUGGGCUAUUGUGUUACCACUGCUAAAGGUGCUGCCGAGACUCUCAAGUUCAACAUGGCUCUAAUUCUCUUACCUGUUUGUAGAAAUACCAUUACUCUGCUAAGGAGCAGGACAAAGUUGGGAGUUGUGAUACCCUUUGAUGACAAUAUUAAUUUUCAUAAGGUGAUCGCUGCUGGGAUUGCAAUUGGAGUUGGUCUACAUGCAGGGGCACAUUUAACGUGUGAUUUCCCUAGGCUAUUGCAUGCAACUGAAGAUCAAUACGAGCCAAUGGAGAAAUUCUUUGGGGAAGAACAACCCGAAAACUAUUGGUGGUUUGUGAAGGGUACAGAGGGGUGGACAGGUGUGGUCAUGGUGGUCCUAAUGGCUAUUGCUUUCAUCUUAGCACAACCUUGGUUCCGACGAAACAGGUUAAACCUCCCUACUGCUCUCAAGAGGCUUACUGGGUUCAACGCCUUUUGGUACUCUCACCACUUGUUUGUCAUUGUUUACGUCCUCUUUGUCGUUCAUGGUUACUACCUCUACCUCUCCAAGGAGUGGUACAAAAAGACAACAUGGAUGUAUCUAGCUGUUCCAAUCCUUUUAUAUGCCUGUGAACGCUUGAUUCGUGCAUUUAGAUCUGGUAACAAAUCAGUGAAAAUUUUAAAGGUUGCAGUGUAUCCUGGAAAUGUUCUAGCACUGCAUAUGUCUAGACCACAGGGAUUUAAAUACACUAGUGGGCAAUACAUAUACUUGAAUUGUUCGGCUAUAUCCCCAUUUCAGUGGCAUCCUUUUUCAAUUACUUCGGCUCCUGGAGACGAUUACUUGAGUGUCCAUAUUCGCACAGCAGGUGACUGGACAUCACAACUCAAAACUAUUUUCUCAAAGGUAUGCCAACCUCCAUCUAUUAAUCAAAGUGGCCUUCUAAGAGCUGACAUUGGUCAAACCAAUAACAUACCAAGGAUGCCGAGGCUUCUAAUCGAUGGGCCAUAUGGUGCACCAGCACAAGAUUACAAGCAGUACGAAGUUAUCCUUCUCGUAGGGCUUGGAAUUGGAGCCACUCCUUUGAUCAGCAUUCUAAAAGAUGUGCUUAACAACAUGAACCAAUACAAAGAGAUCGAAGAUGGAUUAGAUAGUGGAUUUAAAAGCAAUAACAAGAGAAACCCUUUUGCCACGAAACGUGCCUAUUUCUACUGGGUCACUCGAGAACAGGGCUCAUUUGAGUGGUUCAAGGGUGUGAUGAAUGAGGUGGCUGAGAACGACCACGAUGGUGUUAUUGAGCUCCACAACUACUUGACUAGUGUUUAUGAAGAAGGAGAUGCUCGAUCUGCUUUGAUCACUAUGCUUCAGUCUCUCAAUCAUGCUAAAAAUGGAGUUGAUAUUGUAUCAGGCACAAGUGUCAAGACCCAUUUUGCAAGGCCAAAUUGGCGUAAUGUUUUCAAGCACGUAGCUGUUAAGCACGUUGAUCAACGAGUUGGAGUGUUUUAUUGUGGAGCACAUGGAUUAGUUGAUGAGCUAAAGAGCCUAUCUCUAGACUUCUCUCGGAAAACAAGCACCAAAUUUGAUUUCCACAAGGAAAAUUUCUAAGUUAACUGAAGUUACUUCUUCUCUGUAGUUAUAUUAUUUUAUGUAUAUACAACAUAUAAUACAAGUUUAGGCCCCAUAAGGGUUUUGGCCUAUUAAGGUAAAGAUUCAACUUGUCCGUAUUCUUAUUAGAUUUAUUGUUUUUUAUAAUUAUUAUUUAAUGAAGAUCAUUGAGUAUAAAAUGUAGAA